UUCCAUGUUUUCUUUCUAGUCGACCUCAUACAGCAUGGAUCUACUAUCCCUCAUGCAUGCAUGCAUGCAUGCAUGUGGUGGUCGACCAGCGAUGGAGUGGUUCGCGUGUCCCUUCGUGUGUCAAUCGGUGUACCUUUUCACCGCGGGGACGGGGCCCCGUCUCAUCGUGCGGACAGAUGGAAACCAAUUGCGCGGUCGCACAAAUAUCUGGGCGGUUACGAUCACUCAUCAUGCGCGGUCACGCGAAGCGCAGGCCGUCAGCCUCCGCAACACAUCGAGCGACGCCGCGGGCCCCGCGCCAGCCAGCCAUGGAGCGAGCGAGCGAGCGAGCGAGCUCACACAUCACCUCCUCUCGCGUUUGCGCGCGCCGUGCCGUUGCGCUGAAGCCUCCUGGAGCCCCUUUAAAUACGGCCUCCGGCGCUCCUUUGCCCCGGCAGGGACGCGACCUCAGCAAAAAAGAAACCAAACACCUACUAGCUUCCUCCGGCCGCUCCAGAGCUCGCGUCGCGUGCGUGCACCGCAACAGCGUGGGAAGAAGAUCGGCCAUUUCCAAGAUGAACGCGCCCAACUCGUGGCUGUUCGCGGACAACUCCAGGUACAGCACCCGCGCGCGGCUGGUGUUCAUGGGCCUCUCCUUCGCCAUCGGCAUCCUCACCUUCCUCCUCUACCUCGCCAUCUGGUACACCUGCAGCCGCCGCAGCCGCCGCCAGCGCGGCCCGGUCGCGGAUGACCUCGAGUCCGGCGCCGCGGCGGGGACCGAGCGCGGCAUGAGCGACGCCGCGAUCGCCGCGCUCCCGACCUUCUUGUACGAGCAGCCCGACGACGACGCGGCGGUGGACUGCGCGGUGUGCCUGGGGCAGCUGGAGGCCGGCGAGAAGGCGCGGCGGCUCCCCAAGUGCGCGCAUUUGUUCCACGCCGAGUGCGUCGACGCCUGGCUGCGCGCGCACUGCACGUGCCCCAUGUGCCGCGCCCCCGUCGGCCCGGCCGCCGCCGCUUCCUCCAAGAAGGACGGCACCACAGCCACCGCCACACCGGCGACAACAGCGACGGCGGAGGCGCUGCCACCUGUUUAGCCUGCGCGUGGCUGCAGGCUCGCCGCGUGCCUUCGGGGAGGGAGGCUGAACUGAGCCGCACGAUUGGAGCAUAGCUACAGUGAGUGAUCGGCCUUGUAGCUAGCUAACAUAGGACGUAUAGAGGCCUAAUCGAGGUGAUUUAUUUGGUUCCUAGGACUAGUACAUAGUACGUGUGCAGAAGUAUCUGUGACGUCCAUUGUAUUAUUAUUAUUAUUAUUCUAGUACUAGUAGGUGACCAGUACCGAUUUUUGUUUGA